AUGUCGCCAUCGUUCAGGGUCGCUGCCUGUCAUGUGUCUCCAAUUCUACUCAAUGCCGCAGACACAACGGCCAAAUGCAUUUCCUUGAUCAAUGAGGCUGCAGACAACAAAGCACAUCUCGUGGUCUUUCCGGAGACGUAUAUUCCAGCUUUCCCAUACUGGACUCCUGUUAUUAGUCCUUCGGAAGGCCACGAAUUCUUCAUCAAGAUGGCUAAAGAGUCGGUAUACGUCGAUGGGGACGAAAUCAAGGCUGUCUGUGUGGCAGCAAAGGAAAGGAAAAUAUACGUAAGCCUUGGGAUCUCGGAAAAAGUGAAGUACAGCAGUGCGACAUUGUUCAACGCCAACAUCAUCGUCUCUCCUGAAGGCAAGAUUGUGGUUCACCAUAGGAAGUUGGUGCCAACCUUUAUGGAGAAGUUGAUCUGGUCUAUGGGUGACGGCCACGGCCUGAAAGUUAUCGGGUGCCAACCUCUCAACUCCGAUCAACCCAUUGCUCGAGUUGGCGCAUUGAUAUGUGGAGAGAACACCAAUCCCCUGGCAAGAUACACUUUGAUCGCGCAGGGGGAACAGUUCCACAUCUCAACGUGGCCGGCGAAGGCUCCGGCGGUUCUACCACCUCAAUCGGAAGACUCCAAGGGUCCUCACAAGCCAGUGCUUGGUGUCUACGACAACAUUGUUCUCAACCGCCAGAGAUGCAUCUCACAGUGUGUCGAGGGGAAGUGCUUUGGCCUGCUCUGUGCUUCGUUCAUGUCCCAGCAGAUGAUCGAUACUCUGGUGUCAAUGGCUCCCGAAUCACGCAAAGAGAUCAUGAAGACAGUCAUGGAGCAAAGUGCACAGGCAGAGACGCUGUUCAUCGGUCCGUCGGGCCACCCAAUUCAAGGUUUCACCGUCGACAAACAGACCGGUCAGUUGCACGGAGCCGAGGUGUUGAGGUACCAGGAAGGUAUCCUCUACGCCGAUCUGGACAUGGAUGACACUAUAGAGGGAAAGCAAUAUCACGAUGUGGUAGGCUCGUAUCAGCGGCUGGACAUCUUCGAUCUGAAGGUUCGGUGCAUUGUGGAUAACACCGAAGCGCCCACGCUUCCUUGUGCCAGGUGUAAGCGGAUGAACCUAGAAUGUGCUUUCACGCAGCCUGGACAACCGGGUUUGCGAGGCACGAGGAAAUCGCUAAAGAGGACCCGCGAAGAAUUUUCGGAGUCUCAAUUUGAUCCUGCAAGACAGCCAUGCCCCAGAAUACGAACUGAGGGAUUUGGUACGGACGACAACGAAGCAUCCCUGCAGACUUCACCAAGGGUCGACGAGGCAGAAGAGACUUCAGGCUGUCGAGGGACCUAUGCUAUUAUUGAAGACGCUGUUCACGAUUCCACUGAUGCUUUCAAUGCCGUGAUCAGAGUUUAUGGCACGACUAAGGAUUCUGACCGGGUGAGGACGAAUAGUUCAAGAGAUGCGAAUCUGCACCAAACGACGGGAACGCCUUCGCCUUCAGCGACAAGACAUGAACCGGCUCAAACUGUCUCACCCGAUCAUGUGUUGAGCGUGGGUAAGCCACGGCGCAAUGGAGCCAUUGUGACUGUUUGGAACGAUUUCUGGCUUGUCAAACACCGGUGGUUACUUGCAGAAGAGGCCGCGUGGUAUAUCCAAACAUUUUUCGAGAAGCUGGGUCCGAUGACUUCGAUCUUGCUGCAAUUCUUUGCAGACCCGGCAAACCACAGCAUUCUUAUCACGUUCGAGCCGACGCUGUGCUAUGCACUGAUGUCUAUCUCCACCUCCAUGUUCACAUAUCCAUUUGCAGGUCCCUCGUCCAACCAUCAAUUCCUUCACAUCAAAUGCUGGGACAUUACACAGCGCCUUAUCCAGCGCAUCUUGUGGGCCGGCGAACGUGGUGCAAAUUCUAGGCUGAGAACACUGGGAUCUGUCCUAGCACUGAUGCUGCUUGCAGAAUGGCCGCCCAGGGCCGUUCAGAUGAGCACCGACGAGAUAUUGGAUGCUGUAAUGAUCGAUGUCGGGCAUACUCAAGCGAGAAGCUUUGCCACUCUCGAAGAUGAAGAGCGGCAUGUUAGGAUUUCCAACGCAAGUCAGUGGAUGGUGAAUCUUAGCGAGCCAGUAAUUCGGUGGGAUAGGCUGUCUGGGAUGAUGCUAGGUCUUGCUGAAUCAUUGGCGAGUGAGCUCAACAUACGGGAUCUGCAUCAGCGAUUGACCAAUAAGACUCAAAGCCCCUGGGAGAACAGCAUUGACAGGCACUCCUCAAUUGCACAGCGCUACAAAAAUCGGCAAGCGCGGAUUCGACUGAUGCUCGAAAUCCACAGUUCAAUUUUAAGUAUGCGCGUAAAACCAUUCUCAGCAGGGGCCAAAGAAGUGCUAGACACGGAUAUCGGGGUGCUCGAAGAAUUGUCUAGACACAACGAAGGAUUGGAGAGCUCCCAACUGCUCGCGCUUUGUAAACUUGGAAGAUUGGGGGAUAUCAGUCGUUCUGCAAAGGACAUCUUAUUCCAGCGACAGCAGCCCAUGGGAUCUACUCUCCGUGCAGGAGACCGCAAUGUAUGGUUACAGCACUUCUUUACAUUGCUACAAGCGUGGUAUGAUGAUUUUGUGCAAGCGCAACUUCCUCAUCCUAUCCAUGACAUCCUUGACAUCGAAUACCAAGCGCUUCAACUUCAAAUGUUGUCACUCCCCGUUCAAUCAGUAUCCGCACGCCUGCUCGAGCUUUCUCACAGCCUCUUCCGCAGCACUUCCUCCAGUGAAGAUGCGUUAACUAUGUAUCGAUUUAUCACCCAAGAUCCAAAAUACUCAGAGGCAGCGAGGAUGGUCCAAGAUGCCAUACAUCGAUCCAGGACCUUGCUCUCCACCUGCAUCAACCUCAAUGAACUACACCACCUACAUUACUCCCCCAUGCGAGUUUUUACAAGAAUUGUAUUCGCAGUGACACUUCUUCUCAAGGCUACAUGUUGCUAUCCAGGCCGCGAGGACUUGGAAGCUUCUAUCAAUGUUGUUCAAAACAUGCAUCAGAUCCUCAUCGACAGCGUAGCGAGCCGAGCGGACGUGCUCCCUAAAAUUGCCUCGAUCAUUUCCCUCCACCUGCGCCAAUUCCACAAAUUAUGGAGUCGGCAUUAUAGCUCACCCAGGCGCACAACGGACCAAGACCUUCAUUCAAGCAUUAUCCAAGAUCUCCCGGUACCCCAAACAGCAUGGAAUCCUUCUCCUGCUCAGCAGGCAGACGACGAUGGGGCGGAAAACGAGCCGUCGCAAAAUGCCAGUCUUACGGCUGACCUAGGACUGGACCUAGACUCUUCAUUGCUUCGGCUGUUACCUGAGGAUUGGUGCGAAGAAAACUUUGAAGCACUGUGGCUUGGAGAGUUAUCGGGAGAUGGACACGACACUGUGGGCUUUUGA